UGCAGUUUCAAGUCUCGUGUGGUCGUGAUGAUGUCGAUUUAUUUAGAAUAUCGAUAAGAUAGAAUUACAGAUUCAGUUAUACUGUUAAAGUAGAGCGCGCUUAUUGAAGCAAAUGUAAAUGUGAUAAUGUUAAAUACAUAGUAUAUGCUAUAAGGUAAAAAGUAAUCAUAAAUAACCAUAUCAAGGCGAUAUUGGACAAUAAAAGCAUUAAGUUAUAUAUUAUAAAUAAAUAUUAUUGCUCUGCGCAUAAAUAUGUUAUAUUUAUGUCUAAAUGCAAAGAAAUAACAUUUGCAAUGUCGAAAUAACGGAUAAAAAAAUAAAUAGCAAACUUGUUGUUUAGUUUUCGGAUAUAGUUAAGCUCAAUACAAAUUGAAGUUGUUUAACUGAUAUUUAUUGUGCAAUAAUGUGUUCAAUACAUAAUUCGGUGAAUAUUUAUUGGAGAACUAUAUGUGUGAGCUUAUUGUUUGUCACUGACGGUGGGUGGGGAAUGUUCAUACCGCCGACAGGGAGUGUGGAUAUUAAAACGGAGCCCUGCAUACUUAAACCGAACAAUACUGGCAUACCCUGUGUUAUGUACACGAUUGGCUACGAAAACAGCGGCGAGGCUUGCUCGAACCUUCCGGCCCUCUUCCCUCACCUGUACGAGGUCGAGGACCCUGCUGGCCUCACCUGGCCGAGUGAAGUGCUCAAUAACAAGGUCGUGUCGAACACCAUUUCAUGGAAUGCCCCAGCAGAAGGUAGCAUUCGCUACUUGAAGGGCUACCAGAUAUACGAAGAGGGAGCUGAUAUUAACACCAUCGGAAGCGAGAUCUGCAAAAUAAUAGACCUCUCAAAUGUUACAAAAGAUCAGUACCAGCCUUUGAGUAAGUCGUACUUCAUCCUGGUGAACUCAGAGGGCGGUGCGAUGUCGGUGACGAUCAAAGCACUUCCACUUCCGGUGGUCAACGCGAGCGUUCCGAGCGUCCCGACCGCCAUGGCCAUACCACCGUCACCGCAGGUGUACCAUCCGAAUCUGACGGUAUCCGUAGAUUAUCUCCAGUUGAACGUCAGUGCCGUGAAUGUGUCCUUGAAGGUGACGCCGGAAGUGAAGGAUCUAAACGUCAUGAUCGUGCGCGUGCUGAGAGACCAAGCGGUCUUACAGCAGUUACGUGUGCCAGUUACAACGGAAUAUUUUACUAUAGGAAACUUAACAGAUGGAAAGUAUAGCAUGCAGUUCAUCCCGGAAGACACCAGUGCCUUCGGCACGAAGGGUCCGUGUUUGUGUUACCUUGGAAACGAGACUAACUGCGUGCCAUGUCUGCGCUACACGAGUGAGAUCUCCGUGGUCUCGAACACAGGUGACCCACCGAAACCCAACUUUCACCAGCAUGAUAUUGCCCCUUCCCUUCUCGGCUGAUGUUUAAAGAUCCUGUUCAGCUGACUUCAUGCGAUCCACAGUUGAUAAAAUUACUGCUUAUUUCGGACACAUUCGCGUCUUUUAGGUUCAACUUGAAGUGCGGUACACAUGUGCAUUUGCAGUGUCGGAUGUGAAGGCUUUUCCGUCAAUCACUGAAAAUUAACGAUAGUUGACGAAAUAUACCGAAUGUGUCCGAAAUUGGCUUUGGGUUGCCAUGAUACCUUAUUUUGUCACAUUUAUUGUCCGCUUCACCCCAACUGUCAAAUGUUUAAUGGCAUUCUUAUUUUUAACAAGUGCCUUAGUUUUAUUUAUUAUUGAUUCCCAGAUUAUAUUUAUUUUCAUAUUUUUGUGGUGUGUAGUUCCCCAAAUGUUUGCUUUUUAUAAUUUGUUGUUUAUCUUAAACAUCUUUUAUUGCGUAUCAUUUGGAAUUUUUGUUAUGUUUCUUUUAUUUCAGAUGUUGUGUAUCUUUUUAUUCUCAUUUAAUACUUAUUAGCAAAAGUCUUCAUUUCAUUUUUGCUUGAAACGUUUUCUUAUAUUUACGCAUGAAUAUUUUAUGUUCAUAAUCACAGACUUUCCCAAACCUCCUUGAUCAAACUUGAUACAUAACACAUUCCGGUUUUAUAUUGUAAUAAAUAAGAUCAAGAAGUACAACAUCAAUGCAAAUAUUUUUGAAUUGAAAUACUGUUCAAUAGCAGUUUGGUCCCUCUGUGAAUGAAUAGAAAUUUGUGUAAACAAAAUAAGUCUUCCUAUGUUGUUUAAUAAAAAAAAAUAUUUCAAGAAGUAAAGAAUGCCAUUUGAUCAAACCUUGACAGUGGAUUUUUUACAUGGUCCUACUAU